AUGUCUUUCAGUAGACGGAGUGUAUUUGUGAAUGGGAAACUUCAUUGGACUACUCAUUCUCUUGAUCAAUAUGUGUAUAAGGGUGGAGGCAUUGUUUCCUUUAGUUUAGCUGAUGAGAAUUGGGGAAAGGUGGAGGAGCCAUGCUAUGGAGGAAAAGAAAGUAUUUCGGAGUUGGGAGUGUUUGGAAAUAAUCUUUGUGGGUUUUCUCAUGAUCUGGCGAUUGGCGUAGAUGUUUGGGUUAUGAAAGAUUAUGGAAUUACAGAAUCUUGGACAAAGAUGUGCACCAUCACGUAUCCAAAACUCGAGAGAUAUUUAUAUUUUCCAUCCGUUUUCUUGUCAAAUAAUGGUGAUGUUUUGGUUGGGUACGGAUCAACGUUCAUCAUAUACAAUCCAAAGGAUGACUCCCUCAAAUAUCCAAAGGUUAUUAACUAUAAUGAGUGGCGAAUAGGGGAAAUCUACAUUGAAAGCCUAAUUUCUCCUCUUUCUACAGAAGGGCUUAGGUCGAAACAGAAACAAUGUGUGAAACAGCUCAAAUCAAAUAUAGAACUAGACAAUGCAUAUGUAAAAGACAUCUUCAAACCAGAUUCCGUGGGUUCUCGUUAG